UAGGUUUUAACUUUUGCAAGGUGCGCUUGCCGUACUCGGGGCUUUGCUGCUAAUAAGAUAUUAAUUAUUCAAGAACGUUAUUCGGCUGUAUUUCAUUUGAAAUUCUGAACGCGUGCCAAAGCUAAACAAACAGAUAUAACAAGUGUCGCGGCCAUAGAAGCAACAAGUGUCUAUUCGAUUGUUUUAUAAUUUUGUUGGAACGUUGCGCAGUCGCUGCUGCUUCUGCUGCCGCGGCUACUGGUGUUGCUGACAGCAGCGGGUCAAGCUAACGGUAACCGAUCGAAAAAGAAAUUCAAGCAACAACUGCACCAGACACAAUAAACCAUUACCCAACAUGGAGACGGGUUUGCACGAACGCGAUCGUGCGGGCGUUCAGGACUUUGUGCUGCUCGAGAACUAUGAGAGCGAGGUAGCAUUCAUUGAUAAUUUGAAGAAGCGCUUCCAAGAGAACCUCAUCUAUACCUACAUUGGCCAGGUGCUGAUCUCUGUGAAUCCCUACAAGCAGCUGCCCAUUUACUCAGAAGCCCACAUCAAGGAGUACAGGAACAAACACUUCUAUGAGAUGCCUCCGCACAUCUUCGCUGUGACGGACAACGCUUUCCGCUCACUGAUCGAGGAGAAUCGCGGCCAGUGCGUGCUCAUCUCGGGCGAGAGUGGCUCCGGCAAGACGGAGGCCUCCAAGAAGGUGCUGCAGUACAUUGCCGCCUGCUCUGGCCAUCAGAGCACCGUGGAGGGCGUCAAGGAUAAGCUGCUAAAGAGCAACCCAGUGCUGGAGGCCUUUGGCAAUGCCAAGACGAACCGCAACGACAACUCCUCCCGCUUCGGCAAGUACAUGGACAUUCAGUUCGACUACAAAGGCACGCCCAUUGGCGGCAACAUUCUCAACUAUUUGCUGGAGAAGUCGCGCGUGGUGGCACAAACGCCCGGUGAGCGUAACUUUCACAUCUUCUAUCAGCUGCUGGCGGGAGCAGAUGCCAAACUGCUGCAGGAGCUUCACCUGCAGCGCACGCUGGAGAGCUACAACUAUCUGACCGAUGGCGUCAAGGGCAGCGUGAAGAGCAUCGAUGAUGUGGACAACUUCAAGCAGGUGCAGCAGGCAUUGAGCGUGAUUGACUUCAGCGCGGAUGAGCAGCGUGAGAUCUUUGCCAUUGUGGCGAGCAUAUUGCACCUGGGCAACAUUGGCUUCAACGUGGUGGAGGGCAAUGCCCAGGUGAACAGUCGAGAUCUGGUGGUCACUGUCUCCCGUCUGCUCGGCGUCAAUGCCAGCGAAUUGGGCGCCGCCCUCACUCAUCGCACCAUCGAUGCACGGGGCGAUGUGGUUACCUCGCCUUUGAAUCAGGAGCUGGCCAUCUAUGCCAGAGAUGCGUUGGCUAAAGCCGUCUACGAUCGCCUCUUCUCCUGGCUGGUGCAGCGCCUCAACAUUUCGCUGCAGGCGAAGGAAACGCGCGGAGCUCGCAAUAAUGUGAUGGGCAUUUUGGAUAUCUAUGGCUUUGAGAUCUUCAAGACGAACAACUUUGAGCAGUUCUGCAUCAACUUCUGCAAUGAGAAGCUGCAGCAGCUAUUCAUUGAGUUGACUCUCAAGUCUGAGCAGGAUGAGUACAGGAGGGAGGGCAUCGAGUGGAUACCAGUGGAGUAUUUCGACAACAAGGUCAUUUGCAACCUGAUUGAGGAGAAGCAUAAGGGUAUUAUUUCCAUACUGGAUGAGGAGUGCCUGCGGCCGGGAGAGCCUACCGAUCGCACCUUCCUCGACAAGCUCACCCAGAAGCUGGCGGAGCAUCGUCAUUACGUGUGCCACGAGAAGGCACCGAUUCAUGUGCAAAAGGUCAUGGGACGCGACGAGUUCCGCCUGGUGCACUACGCCGGCGAGGUGACCUACAGCGUGAAUGGUUUCUUGGACAAGAACAACGAUUUGCUGUUCCGCGACCUCAAGGAAACGCUGAGCAAGUCGGGCAACAACAUUGUCCGCUCCUGCUUCCCAGAGUCCGAGCUGAGCAGCAAGAAGCGACCCGACACGGCCAUCUCCCAGUUCAAGUCCUCGCUGAACAAUCUGAUGGACAUAUUGAUGUGCAAGGAGCCCAGCUACAUACGUUGCAUCAAGCCCAACGAUUUGCAGUCGCCGGGCAUCUUCGAUGAUCAGCUGGUGUUGCAUCAGGUCAAGUAUCUGGGCUUGAUGGAGAAUCUGCGCGUGCGUCGUGCUGGCUUCGCCUAUAGGCGCAGCUACGAGCUGUUCCUGGAGCGCUACAAGUGCCUCAGCAAGUCCACGUGGCCCAACUACAAGGGUUCCGGUGGCGCCAAGGGUGGCGUCCAGCUGCUCGUCCAGGAUCUGGGCUAUACUAGUGACCAGUACAAGAUGGGCGAGACGAAACUCUUCAUUCGCUGGCCACGCACACUCUUCGACACGGAGGACGCCUACCAGGCGAAAAAGCACGACAUCGCUGCCAUCAUUCAGGCCCAUUGGAAGGGUCUGGUGCAGCGUCGCAAGUAUUUGAAACUGCGCGCCCAGGUGAUCAUAUUGCAGAGCUACUGCCGCCGGCGUCUGGCCCAGCAGGCCGCCAAGCAGCGUCGUGAGGCAGCGGAUAAGAUCCGAGCCUUCAUCAAGGGCUUCAUCACGCGCAACGAUCCGCCCAAUGGCUUCAACGAUGACUUCAUUGCCAACGCCAAGCGAAUGUGGCUGCUGCGUCUGGCCAAGGAGCUGCCCACCAAGGUGCUAGACAAGAGCUGGCCCCCAGCGCCUGGCCACUGCCAGGAAGCGUCGACCUACCUGCAUCGCCUGCAUCGUCUGCACCUGGCGCGCAUCUAUCGCCAAAAGUUGACACCGCAGCGUAAGCGCCAGUUCGAACUGAAGGUUCUGGCCGAGAAGGUGUUCAAGGGCAAGAAAAACAACUAUGCCAGCAGUGUGCCAGCCUGGUUCCAGAGCGAUCGCAUCAGCCAGGAGCACAUACAGCGUGUGAAUGACUUCGUGGCCAGCACUUUCGGUAGCGAGCAACUUAAAUAUCAAUCAGCCUGCACGAAGUUCGAUAGACACGGCUACAAGUCUCGAGAGCGCUUUAUACUGCUGAGCAACAAGGCUGUCUACGUGCUGGAUGGCAAGAGCUACAAGCAGAAGCAUCGCCUGCCCCUCGAGAAGAUCGACUUCACGCUGACGAACCACAACGAUGACCUCAUGGUCAUUCGGAUACCGCUGGAGCUGAAAAAGGACAAAGGCGAUCUGAUUCUAAUCAUUCCACACAUCAUCGAGUUUAGCACCUACAUCAUCGACACCGUGGGCACAGCCGAUAUUGUCUCCAUCGUGGACAGAGCUUCACUGGAACACAAUGUGGUUAAGGGCAAGGGUGGUGUCAUAGAGCUGCAGACAGGAGCCGAGCCUGGCGUUAUGCGUGAUAAGAGCGGCCAUCUAGUUGUUAUUGCUGGUCAAUAAGGAAUUUAGUAAACUACCAAAACGGCUUUAAAUCAAACGA